CCACUGUAGAAGAACUGGAGAAAAGACUCCGAAAAUUUUCCAGAACUUUCUGAGAAGGCCAAAGAGCAGCUGGCAGAGGCCGAGCUUCGGAAGCUGAGGCAGCAGUUCAAGAAGAUGGUGGACAGUCGGAAGUCCUUUAACUUCCGCUCCCAGCAGAAGCUCAGCAGCCAGCUCAAGGAAAUCAAGACCCUUCAGGAGGAGCAAGAUGAACUCACCCUGCUUUUGAGUCUCAUCAAUUCCUCAAAGAACUUGGAUCUGAAUGACAAAAACUAUGUGGAACUGCGCUUUCUGAUGCAAACCAAGGAGGACUACGAGGCUCUGAUUAAAUCCAUGAAAGUGCUGCUGGCAGAACUGGAUGGGAAGAUUGUUCAAAUGGAAAAAAAAAUUCUGAGCCAAAGACAGAUCUUCUCCAAAAUACAGGAGGCCAACAACCCCCAGAAACUGCAAAAGCAGAUCCACAUUUUGGAAACCCGUUUAAAUCUCGUCACCACUCACUUUAACAAGAUGCUGGCCACCAAUGCGAAGCUCCGGAAGGAGAUUGAGGACCUUCGGUAUGAGAAGGCUGCUUAUGACCACGUCUACCAGCAGCUCCACCAGCGCCUGCUGAUGCAGAAGAAAACCAUGAACUUGGCCAUUGAGCAAUCCGCUCAGGCCUACGACCAGAGGCUGGAAGCCAUGGCUCGGAUGGCCGCCCUGAAGGACCGCCAGCAGAAGGACAUCUCCCAGUACAACCUGGAGAUCCGCGAGCUGGAGCGCGUCUACAACCACGAGACUAAGCUCAAAUCCUUCCUGCUGGUCAAGCUGAACGAUCGCAUAGAGUUUGAGGAACAGGCCAGAAGAGAAGGAGCCCUCAAAGCCAUGAAGCACGGGAAGAAGAACAAGGGUGAGAGCUCGGAGAGCUACGAGGUGGCACACCUGCGGCUGCUCAAGCUGUCCCAGAACAGAAACCUGCACCAGCUCAUCGAGGACUUUCUAGCCAAGGAGGAGAAGAACUUUGCUCGGUUCACGUACGUCACGGAGCUCAACAAUGACAUGGAGAUGAUGCUCAAGAAGACCCAGAAGAUCCAGGAUGACAUCAUCCGCUUGCAGUCCCAGCAGAAAGCAAGCAGAGACGACAGCCACUCCGUCCUGGGAGAGCUGGAGGAGAAACUGAAGCAGAUCACGGAGGAGGCCGAUGCCUACGAGAACACCUACAAGGACAUCAGCAAGACCUUGGAGACCCUCAGGAGCUCCGUGGAGAAUCUGUUCAAGAAGAUCAAUUGUGACGCCACCAAGAUCUUGGUGCAGUUGGGAGAGACGGGAAAAGUCACCGACAACAACCUUCCCCAGUACCUUGCCAUCAUUGAAAAGAAGACAAACGACCUGCUGCUGCUGGAGUCCUACAGGCGGCUUGUGGAGAUUGACGGGCUGGGCACUGCAGAGACCACGCAGACCUUCAUCAACCCUUUCUGGGGCGGCUCCAGCCUCCUCAAGCCUUUGGAGCCCGCGAAGGUCACCCCCCCAGUGCUGGGGUCCGACCCCUUCAGCGACAGGCUGGACGACGGUGAGCCCUCUCUCUGUGCCUGGGUAGGGAUCCGGCAGUGUGGAGCCUCAGUUUCCCCCCCCCAUGAGCCUCAGGAAACCUCAGCUCCCUCGGACACUGUCUUGGCUGUGGUCACUUGA